AGGAAGUUCAUUUCAUUUUCUUGGCGGCGAUCGCAGCAAACGGAUUAAAAACGCGAAAUAUAUAGUGCACCCUCCGCGUUCGAUAACAAAAAAUAACAAUACAACAAAUUUAAUCCACCAAAAAACAAGAUGAAUCUUCUGACCAGUUCGAGGAGAAGCCUGGUGUUUCUGGCCGUUAUCAUCUUGGUUUUCCACAGAGUCGAGGCUGGCUUACGUUUGCGCCACGGCCCACGAUCGGCCACGCCCCCAGCGCCCAGCACUACGCCCACCACAACGGUGAGCUCGGAGGAGGAGGCGCCGCCGCCACAGGAAGUUACCGAACCGGAACCGGAACUGGUAACGGAAGUCACCACCGGAAAGCACAAAAGGGGCAUCUUGCACGGCCACGCCCACGGCUCACCAUGGCCCGCCCCCGCCCGUACAUAUGCCGCCCACUACGGCUAUAGCCUGCAAUUGCCCGGAGGCAGUGCCUUCCUCUCCGCCGCUCCCCCACAUGCGCAUCGCCACUUUGUGAAGUACGGACAUGGUUUGGUCAAGCCGCUGCUUGCCGUUUCCGCUUCCGGUUUGGCACCAGCUUCGGCUCCUCUGCUGCCCGCCGUGGGAUUGCCCACCGGACUGCCCACCGGAUUGCCCGUUGGAUUGCCAUUGCCCACUGGCCUGCCCGCCGGAGUGGCCAGCGCCAUACCCGCCGGAGUGGCCACGGCUUUGACCACCGGAGUGGCCACUGCCACUGCCACUGCCCUGGCCCCGCCCUCGUACAUCCUGCGACCCGGCAACGCCCUCGUCUCCUCGUACAGCGUCAACUAUCCGCACCAGCACCUGCUGCCCCAGAAGCCCGUGGUCUUCCAGUCUGCCGUGAAGCCCCUGCACUUCCAUGCUCCGGCCCACGCCCACGCCCACGCCCAUGUGCACGCCGUUCAGCCCACCUAUGUGCAGGCCUAUGCUCCCACUGCUCCCGCUGUGCCUGUUCAGCCUAUUCAGCCUAUCCAGCCUGUCCAACAUAUCCAACCCAUCCAACCUAUCCACCCAGUUCAACAUCUUCAGCCAAUCCAGCCCAUUCAACCUGUGACCCAUCAGUUCCAGCCCGUUCAACCAGUUCAACCCCUGCAGCCAGUUACCCCAAUCCAAGCCGUUCAGCCAGUUCAGCCCGCUGUGACCUUCGAAGUUCCGGCUCCCACGGCUGUGGAUCUACCAGUGAUCCCCCAGUUCCCACAGGCACCACCUCAGUUCCCCCAGUUCCCCGGUGUGCCCACUUUCAGUUUCCAACCAGCCCAACCAGCCCAACCAGCUGUGCCCGCCCAGCCGGCGAUUCCAGCUGCUCCCGAAGCGCCGGAAGUGCCCCAGAUUCCAGCCAUUCCGCAGAUUCCGCAGAUUCCUCAGAUUCCACAGAUACCUCAGAUUCCAGCCGUACCACAAAUUCCCCAAUUUCCGGGAAUUCCACAGUUCCCCGGAUUCCCCCAGAUUCCCCAGUUCCCGCAGGCGCCCUCCUCAGUGCCAGCGGUUCCGACCUUCCCCAGUCCACCCAGUCCACCCACCAGUCAAUUCUUCCCCAAUGCGCCCCAGCCACCACUGCCCCAGCAGCCACCCACUUUCGGGCAGCCGGAGACGCAGUUCCCCGGCGGCAUCGUACCACUGCCGGGAUCCACGCCCGUGCAGCCGGAAUCGGGAACGGGCAUAGCCUCGCCGCAAAUUCCCCAAGCGCCGCAGGCUCCGGAGAAUCCGGCGGCGGAGGUGCCGCCACAACGACCCCCAACUCAACAACCCUGGAAGCCGGUCUUCUACCAACCACCCACCGAAUCCGCGCCAGCGUCACCCAAUCGUCCUUCGGUCACCCUGCUGCCACCCUACGGAAGAUCACCAGCUGAAGGCUAUCUCCCACCAGUGGGCUCGCAAGCAUCGUCCUUGAGCUCCAGUAGUGCCGGAAUCGGAAGCCAGGGCGGCAUCUUCGACCAGCUGAGCGAUGCGGAACUGGAGCACAUCUUCGCCCAGGCCAAUUUGGCGCAGCAACAGCAACAGCAGGGUCACAACUACCACCACUACUGAGCUCAACACCUACUUAGGACUUAU